AUGCAUUAUGAAUUUGAUGAAGUUUCUAACCUAAUAGUUCUUUUCAUUCCAUAUUUCAUUAUUUAAUAUUCCAUUUUCAUUCUAUAUUUUAUAUGUUUAAAAGAACUGAAUAAAUAAUUGAUGAAAUAGGUAUAUAGAUAAAAGUGACAGAAUCGUCUACAAUAUAAAGAUAUGACUCAAGAAUACAAUUUGGUAAAAUCACUCAAUAAUAACACAUUAUGGUUGAAGAUACAAGAUCCUUGGUGCAAUGAUGUGUCCAAUGAAAAUUCCAUUACAAUGCUAGCACAAAGUAUUGUCAAAAAAAUUUCAGAUAUAACACAACUACAAAUUAUAGAAAAUUUGUCUCUAUUGGGAAAUCAACUACCUCAAUUGCCCAGCAACUUCACUGAAUCUAUAGCAAAUCUAGUUUAUCUUGAUUUGUCUGAUAAUCGGUUAAGUAAUUUACCAGACUCUGUAAAUAUGUUAAAAAUGCUGACAUAUUUAAAUCUAGAUAAUAAUCAAUUUUUCUGCCUUCCAAAUGUUGUAUGCGAAUUAAGUAGCUUAAAAACAUUGAAAGCAUGUAAGAAUCAUAUAAGAUAUGUUCCAAAUAAUUUAGAAAACUUAUCAAAUCUACAGGAUUUGGACCUGAGUUACAAUGAGUUACAGUAUUUGCCAGAUUCCUGUACAAACUUACAUCAACUAAAAAAUUUAUCUCUUGCUGGUAAUAGCUUCAAAGUAAUUCCAGAAUGUGUUGCUAAGGGAAUGGAAAAUUUACAAAUAUUUGAUUUUUCAUAUAAUUUUAACUCCAAAUUAAAUGUAUCUCCUAAGAGCACCAAUUUGAAUGCAUUUUAUGCAGAAAACAACUAUACUUGUCCUUUAUUUCCAAACUGGAUACUGAGUUCUAAAUACAAUAAUCUUGAAACAAUAUCAUUCAAUAAAACAAGAUUUAAAGAAUUCUGUUUACCAAAAAACCCAACAAGAUCAUAUAUUAAAAAGCUAUCGAUGGUACAAUGCAAGCUAGAUGAUCCAACAGUAGACAAAAUAAUCAAAGAUAUGACAAAUCUAGAGGAAUUGAUAAUUGGAAAUAUCAAGUUUUGUUCAAACAACUAUUUUUGGGAUAUACCAAUUGAGAAGGUGAAGGAACCAUCUAGUCUGAAAAAACUUGAUGUCCACAACACAGGAAUUCCAAUGGUGUCUAAUAUUAUUAGAAAGUUUGUUAAUUUAUCUGUAAUAGAUAUCAGCUCUAACAAUAUAUUUUGGUUGCCAGAAGAAAUUUGUUCUUUAAAGAAGUUAAGCAGUUUAAACAUACAAAAAAACAAACUAACAGCUCUUCCUAAAAGCAUCGGAGAGUUGAUAUCAUUGAAAGAAUUGAGAAUGUGUUGUAAUCAAUUGUCUGAAUUGCCUGAGAGUAUAGGUGGUUUAAGCAAUUUGCAGUACUUAGAUUUAUACGAUAACGAAUUUGAAAUGUUACCAGAAACGAUAAAGAACCUACCAAGUUUAUUAGGAGUGGAUCUUGAGCAAAACUACUUUUCGACUGACUGCUUAUCGCUCAAUAGGGAUACUCCUUAUGAAAGUAUGAGAGAUGAUUUGAGAGAACAUUGGCGAGAAGAGACCAAAACAAUUAAUGGAUUUAAGUUGAAACUAUCCGACUCAUCGGAGUCAUCGUCGGACGACGAAAGGAAAUUAUCGCUUUCAUCGAACUCAAGGGAGGAUAGCCCAAAUUUUGCUGUUUACGCAUUACCUGAAGGCACAUUUAAUCAAUUGGAAAACGAAUGCUGGGAUACUUCAGAGGAUUCAGCUGAUGAAUUUGAUCCUCAUGAAUGUAAAGAGCCAAGAAAGCGAGUGUAUUCGCCGUUCACGUUUUAUAAACCAUUGCAACAAGUAUAUUGUCCCGCGGAAUCCCACCAACCACGAAUAAUCACCCGCGUUACGCGAAUGUUACAAGAAGGGACUUUAGUUUGGUCAUCAAGGUAUGAAGAAGGUCAGUUUGAAGAUUGCUAAAGUAAACGGCAAAACGUGUAUUUGAUUUGAGAAGAAACAAAAAUGAAAGGAUUACUAUUCUCGAUCAUUUCAAGGUAUAAGUAUGGCGUUACAAGUCAGAUAAAUCAAAUUAAGAAUACUUUAAUUUAAAAUUCACGUCAUAUACGCUUACCGGAAGAUAUUAUUUCAAUAAGUGAUCUUCUAUAGUCCAAUUAAGUAUAGUUAUUGUUAAAAAUAUAGUAAUAGGUUUAAUUAAUUCAAAACUGGUUAAAUUUUUGAAGUACAAAGACAAUUAUAGAAGUUUAAAUAAUAACAGGUACAGCAAUGUAAUC